UGCACAAUUUACCAUGUCGAGCGGAUACGAAUGGGCUACAUCCACGGAAGCGUUCUUGGCGGCGACGAGCGGUCGGCGCGGCGUCUCGAUGGCGUGGUGCAGCAGCAAUAUGCUCCCCUCGGACGCCGUGCCUCUUUGCACCGCUGAAGACACGGUCUCGUUCAACAUGGAGAUCUUCGUCGAUCAAGCCGACAUGGACGAAGUCCAGGUUUACGUGGGCAAGAGGAAGAACGUAUACAACAUGCCCGAGCACGUCCACUACGCAGGCUUCAAACGAGCACGGUUGCACUGGUGAGUAGUCCUCGACGAUCGAUUGACCGCAAAUUCCCCCGCGUACACCGUUGUGUACGCUGCCCCAUUCGUAUUUAUUCGUCCCGUUCAUUUAUUGCACUCCGAUUCUCCCGAUAACAUUAAACAUGGAUCCAACUCUGUGAACGAUCGAGAGCAGUAUAUGCCCACGUGUACCUACUCUCUUGCCUCCAUCGUCGGACGGAUGGUCCCACAGACCGAGAUCUCG